AAUAUCCUGAAGCCCUGAUUUGAUCCUUCCAGCCUACGGAAAUCAUCAAGCUCUCAGCCAUUUUACUUUUUCACUCUUUUAUUUUCUUGUUUCCUUUUAUAUAAUUCCACACUAACAUCUCUCUCAACUUCGCCUUUCUUGGUGUCUUCUUCCCUGAAUAUGGAUGCAGGAUCAUGGCCACAGACUUCUUCCGGCAAGGCCAAGGCUCGAUCCCCUCUCCAGGAUCAAUUAACCCACAGAAAAAACUCGAGAGAAAAUUUGGACAGGUUCAUUCCUAAUAGGUCAGCCAUGGAUUUCGAUUUCGCUCAUUACAUGCUCACUGAAGGAAGGAAGGGCAAAGAGAACCCAGUUGUAAGCUCACCAUCACGAGAAGCCUAUCAGAAGCAAUUGGCUGAGGCACUCAACAUGAACAGGACUCGAAUCUUGGCCUUCAAGAACAAGCCGCCAACACCUGUUGAACUCAUCCCCGACCACAUUCUUAACCCACCUCUUCACUCGAAAUCUACUAAACCCAAACGACAUAUUCCUCAGAGUUCUGAGAGGACACUGGAUGCUCCUGACAUCGUAGACGACUUCUAUUUGAAUCUACUAGACUGGGGGAGUAGCAAUAUCCUUUCCAUUGCCCUUGGAAAUACGGUAUACCUUUGGAAUGCUUCAGAUAGCUCAACCUCAGAACUGGUCACAGUUGACGAGGAAGAUGGUCCUGUCACAAGUGUUAGCUGGGCCCCUGAUGGACGCCAUAUAGCCAUUGGUUUGAACAGUUCCCAUGUCCAACUAUGGGAUUCUACUUCUAAUAGGCUGCUAAGAACACUGAAGGGGGGACACCGAGGCCGAGUUGGUUCACUGGCUUGGAACAAUCAUAUUCUCACAACAGGAGGAAUGGACGGCAGAAUUAUCAACAAUGAUGUCAGAAUAAGAUCUCACAUUGUUGAAACUUACAGAGGACACCAACAAGAGGUGUGUGGACUGAAGUGGUCAAGCUCUGGACAGCAAUUAGCCAGUGGAGGCAACGAUAAUCUUGUUCACAUUUGGGACAGUUCUAUGACAUCUUCGAGUUCACCUACACAUUGGCUUCACAGGCUCGAGGAUCAUAGAGCCGCCGUUAAGGCCCUGGCUUGGUGUCCAUUUCAGGGAAAUCUACUUGCAACUGGUGGAGGUGGGGGUGACCAGUGCAUCAAGUUCUGGAACACUCAUACAGGGGCGUGCAUAAACUCUGUAAACACAGGUUCGCAGGUUUGUGCUUUAUUAUGGAACAAGAAUGAGCGUGAGUUGCUUAGCUCGCACGGUUUCACCCAGAACCAGCUCAUCCUUUGGAAGUAUCCUUCUAUGGUGAAGAUGGCAGAGCUCACUGGUCAUACCUCCAGAGUACUCUACAUGACUCAAAGUCCUGAUGGUUGUACAGUGGCUUCUGCAGCUGGGGAUGAGACACUGAGAUUUUGGAAUGUGUUUGGAACCCCGGAAUUGUCUAAACCUAAACCAAGGGCUAAUCCUGAGCCCUUUGCUCAUAUAAACCGAAUCCGCUGAAAAUCACAAGUGAAAUUACUUUGAGCUUGUCCGUCCCGGGUAUCUGUAUAUUUUGACAGCAAUUUUUCCGUGUCUUUGAACUAGCGGCGGAUAGGGAGGAGGUGACUGGGAAGGGGGAACCCAAGUUUUUUUUUUUUUUAGUACUAUAUAGGUGUUAUGCUGUCCAAAAUUUUUGCAAACUUCUAUCAUAUAUAUACAUUCAAUCUCAACUCCACUCAAUUAAAGUUUGGCUCCUAUAGUGCAGGCAGGCAACUACAAACUCUAUAGUUUGAACUGCAUAUUUAAACAGAUAUGUUAGUGUUUAUAUAUAAUUGUCUGUAUAGCAAUAG